AUGCGGCAAAAGUACGCAGUAUUACGUGGGCAUGCACCGGGAACAAUAUGCCGGGAUGAUUUGGUAGAGAACGGUGCGGGAGGAACCGAAAGGAAGGAGGAAGCUGCUGCUGGCCAGCCGCCGGCAGCUGCACAGCGACGAAAUAACUUGACCGAUAAUAACUUCUACGUUUGUCUUGAAGUCUUUCACACAGCCAAGCAAUUCCUUGAUCGUGAGAAACGUCUGGAACGUUGCCAAGCGAAAAUACUUUGCUAUUCUGUGGCUCACUCGCGACUUUGUUGCAUCACUCGGUACCUCGGUACCCGAUUUCAAAGGCCAAGGCUGGGCAAGAGGGCUCAAUGGGCUAAUACAAUAGGACAAAGCGAAGAAGAGAAGAGCUCUUGA